CUGCUGAUGUGUGUCCUCCCCCUUUCUAUCUCUCCAUUUGGAAACAUAUCUGAAGAGUGAGUUGGAUUUGGAUAGCAGAAAUUAAUAUGAGCAUUUCAACUCUACCCUUUGCUCUCUCUUCCCUUUCAACUGUAAACCCCUCUCCUGGCCUAUCACUUUCUUCCUUCCCCAACAAAAGCCAGAUAGUUUCUAAACUGGAGAGCAAUGGCGGUGGUCGGCGAGUGUGGCGCCGGAGAAAAUUGACAAAGAAGGAUGACAUGUUACGGUAUCAAUUGGGGCGAGUUCCCUUCCUUGAGGAGCAGGUUAGGAGGAUUAAGGAGGGGGGAAAGGUUUUGACCAUGGAUAUUCAUAGACUGUUGCUAUCAGAGGAUAACCGGUUUGAUUUUGUGAAUGAGGUAGCAGCCGAAGCCAUCGAAUAUGUUGAGAGCAACAGAGACGAAUAUGGAGGUAAGAAAAAGGCAAUCCUUCAUGUCCUUAGUAACCGCAUGAAUGAUGCUGGGGUUCGUCGUCCAGAGGCAUACGAGGAAUCGGACCCUUUUAGACCAGGUCCUGGUUAUAUGAAGGAAGAGUUCACAUGAAAUCUAGAAAGUAGAUAUUCUAUAGUAAUAUUCUGUUGCAUGCUGCAUUUUGUAAUUAACAAUGAUUCAUCUAAAUUUUCAUGGUCAGAAGCUACGUUUAUACA